CGCCACAAAAGAGUGUGAUUGAGAAUCGAUCUUGAUUCUUAACUGCCAGCGACUUGCACGCUCACAAGUUAAUGUUACCCGCAGGUCCUGACAUCUACCCCUUUCUCUUUCCAGUUCUCAAAGCCGACCUUCUAUCUUCCAGAUCAUGCCACAACUUAUCGCAUACUACAGUGCCCAACUUCUCCCCAAGCAGCGUCAGGAAGCCUUCGACCUAUGCUGCUCACUCAUCGCAGACGCUCACAGACGCCAUGGGUACACCAACAGCCCUAUCUAAAUUCACCCAGGGAACUAACCCAAAGUCAACUCAACCGCAUUUCUAUCAAGCCCUCACUUUUGACGCAAGAUACCCACUCCAUUAGAAUAUCCGCUCUCUAUAUACUUGAAACCACACCUCUACCAUCAAAUCUCUCAACACCUCAUCCCAUCCAGAUCACGUGACGCGAUCAAUCCAACGCCAUCCCAAGUCCACCUCGUCUCCCCUCUCACGACGUAACCUAGAAGCCGAAUUAGUCGCCGCCUCUAUUCUAUACAUCCACAAAGUAUACGAAGCAAAGCUUCAAGACGCACGGUCCAACACCAACA